GCAAGUCAUCAAUCGACCUACCAAUAAGGUUUCCCGAAAAUAACUGCCAAGCUUUAGAUGCCAAGAUUGUGACCCGGUCCAAUGGGAGAAGGGAAAUGAAAGGGACGGGUUUCCUUCCUUUGUUGUUAAUUUUACCAUCUUCAUCAAUUCUUCUGGAAGAAACAAACUCCCAUACAUCUACCUUUGGGCCUGCCGACACCCGCAAACACCUGUUACGGACUCUCGUCUCGUAUUGUGUGCGAAACCGCCGCGUGUCCCUUGCCGCUGCAAUGGUGUCCCUUUCCCGUAGCGGGCCUUGUCCACGCAAGGGCCCGCUGGGCUUAGCUCGCUCGUUCUAGGUCUCUCGUUUCCUGGCCCAGGUAUCACUUAGUACACAGUCUGAGGAGAUGAUAACACACAUCAUCAGCAUCAUUCGACACCACCGCACUAUUACUACCGCUCCUACCCCACCAGUCUC